AUGAGUACUGAAUUCGCCAACAAGACCAACCUGGGCCCCGGAGGAUCCGCCGACUCCUGGGGGAGCUCGGCGUGGUCUGUGGACACCACGCCGCAUCCAACACCCCCGUAUACCCUCCCCGGCCCUCAAUGUGCUUUCCCUCGAUACAGCGGUGAUGUCCCCUACCACCAACACACUCCGCGAGCCGAAAACACACUCCGACGAAAGACCCCCAACGGUACUCUCAUCGCCGGGUAUGACAGCUCCUUCGAAUGUCCGAGUGCGCGCAAGCAUCAGCUCGUCCCCUUCCCCGAAUCAAAUGUGCCGCGUGGCUCCCACGCCAUCUCAGCUAGUGCAAAAGAAUCCCACUAUCAUCGACACCAGCAGCUUCAAAGCCAAAGCAGAGAUGGUUGGAAUGGCUCGUGGGGAGCGGAAUGGGCGGGCGCGCAGCUUUCGCAACCGUCAAAUCUAGUCCUCGGCAUGGAUUCAAUGCUUCAUCAAAUGCCUGGGCCCGCCUCCUACGCUGCGCAUUCGUACUUUGGCCAAAGUAUCCCGAGCGUCCGCCAGCCCUCUUUUCAGUAUCUGGGUCCCACCGCAUCCGGAGGCCAGGGCGCGGGACCUUACGGACCCUACUGGCAUGAUGGCACUUUCGAGCCCUACAGGCCCGCAGCUGUCAGAGAUCCCCGCUUCUAUCAUCAUCAUACCUCGUGGGGGUCAUUCAUGCCUUCGCAUGCCCAAGCUGCACCUGCGCUAGGUCUUUACGAUUCUGUCCACCCACCGGCAUAUUCUGUCGACGCCAAUUACCCAGCGGCUCUGCCCGGGCUUGGGCCAUUUCCCAAUACACACUAUUUUCCGGGACAGGGAAACCCGUCCAUGCUCGAUCAAGCCCAUGCGUUUUAUCAGCAGAAUCACACUGGUGAUUCUUUGCCUGCAUACGCCGCAUUUGGCUCCGCAGACGACAUCAAGCAGGAGUAUGGAUCCUUCUCGCCGAACGGACAGCAGCGUGACAAAACGUUCGCCUGGGCCUUGCAGCAGUAUCGAAACCUUUUGGCCUUUAUUCAACGAUCGAGGAAGCAGCAACAGCAACAACAGCGUUUGGUUCCGGGGCAGUCACAUGUACCUCAGCGGCCGACGUUCUAUCCCCGGCCUCCCAAGCCGUCUCGCUCUGGCUCCUCCGGCCAGAUUGGUAAACGGAGGCUAGGGUCAGACCCUCAACAACAUAACACUGACCGUAAUAAUGUCGUUGGAUCGCAACACUCAGAUUUGGACACCGUGCUCGAUAAUCCUUCGACCAGUGAUUCCGAAUUCGACUACAACAGAAACCGCGGCCCUGCCCGGUGGUCUGCCACUGGUCUCCACUUCCAAGACAACGAGUAUGCUCGGCGAAGUUCGGCCGAGCUGCAACGAGAUGCCGGAAAGCGACUGCCAGACUUUGUUCAGCAUGCAACAGACCCGUUUGCAUCCAUUCAGCCCUCUUCUGGACCGUCCGUGUCGACCAUCGUAUCUCCCUUACCAGCCGAUGACUCGCCGCCGUCUCGCGCCGCCGUCGCUCUGACAGUCAUGACCACACUCUGUCAAGAGUCAGAUUGGUGUUGGACUGACGGCAUGCACCUCGGCGGCUGCCUCGCCUAUGGACUCGGUCACUACGAGAAAGCCCUCAAAUGGUAUCGAAAAGUGUUGAAGAUGGACCCACAACACCUAGAGGCUUCAUCGAAUCUCGCUGCGACAUUGCUCGCCUUGGGCCACAGAUUGGAAGCCGAACAGCACUGGGCACAGGUCGUCAAGACCGCUCCGAAUCUCUUCGAGGCGGUGGAGCACUUGGUGGGCAUGUACUGUAACGACCAGCGAACCAAAGACGCCGUGGCGGUCAUUGACCAUGUUGAGCGGUCUCUGCGACAGCCGAAGUCGUCGUCCCUACUGAAGCCAUCGGCAGACCGAUCCAGCGACUGCUCCGUGUCAAAUGCGAGUCGCUCACCUUGUGCGUCCGAGCCGUCGGACAAGAUGGUAUACGACUUUGAGAACGAUGGCAAUGAUCGUGAUCGCGAGUGGCGGGAGGCCGCUGGUGCCAAUGAGCCCGGCUUCGGUACAAGUGGCUUUGCAAUCCCUGGCUGCGACAAUGGUCGCAUUCUAGCGUUGAUUCACGCAAAGGGUAACAUGCUUUACGGUCUUGGAGACUAUGCUGGUGCUGCCAAAGCUUUCGAAGAGGCGGUUUUGAUUGCCGGAGGGCGAAGGUACGGCAACAUCCAGGAGCUCGUCAGACACAUCCUCAGCGUGGUCACUUCAAGUCUCAACCAGCAGCCUCCAAACCAACUCGCACGCUCUCGACCGUCCAACGAGCCAAUUCUGUUGACGCCCGUUCAGGCGCUCAACACGGCCAAGCUAUGUUUCCCAUGCUUUGGUGAACUCCCAGGACUACAACAUCUGCCUGGAGGGCCACACAGCCUCGCGCGAAAGGCUGUCAUAUCGACCACGAGUAACGCGCUGCUGUCACUCGCAAAGAUUUUUCAGGACGGCAUGUCCAACACGAAUCGAGCGACUGGCGUGAGCCCACUCGCGGCUGGCGUGCGGGACAUUCUCGCGCUGUACUAUCUGUCCCUGUCGCUGCAGCCGAGUCCGUCCACAGCCAACAAUGUCGGCAUCCUCCUGGCCAGUGUGCAGCAAGCAACAGCUCCUGCCCCGUCACAGCAGCAAAAGAUGGACAUCCCCGGGGUGGUGCCUGGAAGCGGCGUCGCGCUUGCCUUGCAAUACUACAACUACGGCCUGCAGCUAGACCGGAACCACGCGCAUCUGUACACGAACCUGGGCAGCUUGCUCAAGGACAUUGGACAGCUUGAAGCAGCCAUCGGCAUGUAUGAGCGCGCUGUCAAUUGUGACGCCAAAUUCGACGUGGCGCUGGCCAACCUCGCCAACGCCGUCAAGGAUAAAGGCCGGAUCAACGACGCCAUCUCUUACUACAAGCGCGCUGUAGAAGUCAGUCCCAACUUCGCCGAAGCGGUCUGUGGACUCGCCAACGCACUCAACUCCGUCUGUGCCUGGCAAUGUCGGGGAGGGAUUGCACUCGAUGGGGGCAAGCGAGAUCGGUGGCAUGUCGAUGUCAAAGGCAUGCUACUUGACGCACGACAAGCCGGAGCCAAAAGUAGCGGCUGGAUCAAGCGUGUCGUUGAGAUUGUGGAAAAGCAGCUAGUUGAUGGCGAAUCGUGGGGCUGCGGUACAGUGACUACUACGUUUUUGGAGGAGUUAAUACAGCAGAUCUCGCACCUCGAACUUCCGUCCGAGGAAUCCCACGGCCGCGCAUCCAGCCUGAGACGGACUCUGACCAAGUGGGUGGGCCAGAAGUGGGAGGGCGCUCGGGUGGUUCGCUUGAUCGAGCGAGCAACGCGACUCAUUGGAAGGCAGUGGUACCACGAUGCCCACGUCAAAUUGAUCACGCGGCCGACCUCGAGCUAUCGCCGACCGCAGCUCCCCUCUACGCUCACCGUACCUGCUGCGCCAACGGUCCUACCCUUCCACACGUUUACGUGUCCAGUGUCUGCGCAGCAAAUCCGCCUCAUCUCGCAAAGGAAUGGUCUUCGGAUCAGUGCGUCGACUUUGCGCUCUCUGUGGAUAUCGAAGCAAGUUUAUCGUCCGCCACGGCCUCCAACACCGUACUUGCGUGUCGGCUAUGUCUCCUCCGACUUCAACAACCACCCGCUGGCCCACCUGAUGCAAUCCGUUUUUGGGAUGCACAAUCGAAAACGGGUGAAGGCGUAUUGCUAUGCUACCACGGCGAGCGACAAUUCCGUCCAUCGACAGCAGAUUCAGUCCGAGGCGCCAGUGUUCCACGACGCCAGCGGUUGGCCCGCCGAACGCCUUGUGCAUCAGAUUGUGGAAGAUGGCAUCCAUGUGCUUGUGAAUCUCAACGGCUACACCCGAGGCGCGCGGAACGAAGUCUUCGCUGCACGACCAGCUCCCAUCCAGAUGUCUUUCAUGGGAUUUGCUGGGACGUUGGGCGCGGAAUGGUGCGAUUACCUGCUCGCCGACGAGACGGCGGUGCCGCAAAGUACACUACGACCAUGGCGGGGCAACGUCAAUCUCCAAGACCAGAUCAUGGACGACAACUUUGGUAGUCACGACGAAGAGUGGGUGUAUGGGGAGAAUAUCAUCUACUGUCGAGAUACAUUCUUUUGUUGCGAUCACAAGCAGAGCUCUCCGGAUGCGCAAGAAGAAACGCGGGCGACGUGGGAGGAGGAGCAAGAGAAGCGUUGGCAGAUGAGGAAGGAGCUGUUCCCUCACAUCUCGGACAAUACCAUCAUCUUUGGCAACUUCAAUCAGCUCUACAAGAUCGAUCCCACAACCUUUCGCACCUGGCUGCGCAUCCUGGCCAAAGUGAAGAACUCCAUCCUCUGGCUCCUGCGCUUCCCCGAUCUGGGCGAGUCGCAUCUCCUGGCUACCGCGAGACUCUGGGCCGGCACGGAAGUAGCAUCGCGCGUCAUGUUCACGGAUGUGGCGCCCAAGCACCUGCACAUUUCCCGAGCACGCAUCUGCGAUCUCGUACUGGAUACGGCCGAGUGCAACGCGCACACUACGGCCGCCGACGUGCUUUGGAGUGGCACGCCGCUGCUCACCCUCCCGCGGUAUGAGUACAAGAUGUGCAGUCGGAUGGCCGCGAGUAUCUUGAAAGGCGCGCUGCCGAAGACGGAGGAAGGGGCUCGGGCGGCGAAAGAGCUGAUUGCGACGGACGAAGAUGAUUACGAGGAGAAGGCGGUGGCGCUUGGGAGAGGGCUUGCCUACAUCUCGAGCUCACAAGGAAGGGCAAAGGGCAGGCUGAUGGAAUUGCGGCACAUGCUGUUCCGUGCACGCUGGUCGAGCGCGCUAUUUGAUACGCAGAGAUGGGUGCGGGAUCUGGAGGACGCUUACGAGGAGGCGUGGAGACGCUGGGUCGCUGGAGAGGGCGGUGACAUCUGGCUGGAUCGGAUAGCAGCCCCCAAUGAGGGCUGA